GCUGCUGCUGCUUCGGCCCCUGCGGCUGCUGCUGCUUCGGCCCCUGCGGCUGCUGCUGCUUCGGCCCCUGCGGCUGCUGCUGCUUCGGCCCCUGCGGCUGCUGCUGCUUCGGCCCCUGCGGCUGCUGCUGCUUCGGCCCCUGCGGCUGCUGCUGCUUCGGCCCCUGCGGCAGCUGCUACGGCCCCUGCGGCUGCUGCUGCUUCGGCCCCUGCGGCUGCUGCUGCUUCGGCCCCUGCGGCUGCUGCUGCUUCGGCCCCUGCGGCUGCUGCUGCUUCGGCCCCUGCGGCUGCUGCUGCUUCGGCCCCUGCGGCUGCUGCUGCUUCGGCCCCCGCGGCUGCGUCCAUGACUCCGCCUACAACAGCUCCACAGCCGAGCCCAUCAUCAACCCCAGCGCCCGCAGCGACCGCGGAGGCAGUGUCUGCAGCCCCGACGAUGACGACAGCAGCAGCUCCGGUCGCGGCCACUGCGACAACCGAGGCAGCGGCGGCGGCAGUGGCAGUUGCAACUCCUUCCUCGACUCCCUCCUCCUCCUGCACCCCUGCGGCGGCGGCGGUAACGGCGUCUGUAACGCCAGCGGCGGUGGCACCAACGACGAAUCAACCGACUCCUUCGGGCUUGGCAUCAGUGACGUCUGCGGCACCUGCAGCGGAGGCAACAGCAGGGCUACCAGCGGUGCCCUCCCAGCCACCGGCCAGCAAGCCAGAAACUGCGGCUCCUUCAACGCCAGCAGCAGCGGCGGCAGCGGCGGUGAUUGUUCCUCCUGCAGCAACACAAGCCCCAGCCUCGCCGGCGAUCACGACGGCUGCAGCAGCAGCAACCACCGACACGUCAGCAGCAGCGGCAACGUCACCAGCGGCGUCAGCUACCACUCCUGCGGUGUCGGCAGCAGCUGGUGCAGCCACCCCGCCUCCCCCGGCUCCCACCUCUCCUGCCCCUCCUUCCACAACGGGCGCCGCAGCAGCAGCCUGCAAGACCCCACAUGGAGGGGCAACCACAACCGCAACCACAACCGCAACCACAACCGCAGGCACUGCAACAACAACCACGACGCCCAACGGAGGUUCUCGAAUCAAGGCCGCCGCUGCUGCUGUUGUCGCCGCCUCCCGCACCACCACGCCUGCCAAGCCUCCCGCCACGUCCGCCAUCACCACCCCUUCCGCAUCUCCAAGGCGAGGUUCGCUUAUUCCCACGGCAGCAUCCACCACGACAACCCCCUCCGCGUCCCCGAGACGAGGCUCCUUGAUCCCCACAGCUGCGCCUUCCACUACCACCCCCUCCGCAUCUCCAAGGCGUGGUUCCCUAAUCCCCACGGCAGCAUCCACCACCACAACCCCCUCCGCGUCCCCCAGACGAGGCUCCUUGAUCCCCACAGCUGCGCCUUCCACUCCCAAGGUCUCCAGCGGCGGUGCAACGGAGCCCGCUUCAACUAGAGCACCGCCGCCGAUCAACCAGACCUCGUCGCAAGCCGUCAAGCGGAUAAGCUCAGGUGGAAUUCCCUCGGCGCAAGGGGGGGCUGCAAAGCCCAAGUCGCCCGCACCCGCCGUCGCGGCUCAGGCGUCGUCUUCAUCUGCAGCGGCCAAAACGAGCAUGAACACCGCAGCAGCGCCUGCCACCACAACCACAUCUGCCGCUGCCGGUGCCGGGGCGUUCUCAGGCGGCAACAGCUCCUCCUCGGCAGCGGCAACGUCAGCGGCGGCGGCCCCGCGUGCGGUGCCCAGCUCGCGGAUUGCAGCCAUGCGAAGCGCCUUUGAGAAGGGAAGGCUGUGAGGGUCUAAAGAGGGAGAGGGAGGGUGGGGGGGGGGAACACGUGGACGUAUGGAGUAUGAUGUGAAGACGGGGAUGAAGUGAUUAUGUUUGGUCGUGGUAAUGUGGGAGAUGGCAAUCACCGGGAUUCUUGUGGGUGUGUGAACGCUGUUGGUUCUGCUUGAAAACAUGGAGGGAAGCAUAGGGGCUAGGUACUUACUGGAAUGAGAGGCGUUUUGGAGUGAGCGGUUUUGGCAUGAGCGGGGAGAGCGUGAUCUCACGAGCAUGAGCUCAGGAGCGGAAAGCGCGCGUGCAUGGGGGUACGAGAUGCAUCUCAGUCGUUGCAGUUGCAGUUGGCGGGGUUGUGGUUGCAUUCCGUAGUUACAACACACAUUGUUGUUUGCCUUGUUGCGUUGGGCUGUGCCUGCGCUCUAGGGGUAUCAUGGCGCAACCGUGAUUGGUUCUUCCGGGGGAAACAUGUUUCAUGUGGUUUUCGUAGAUACCUGGGCUGGCAGAUCUUUAUUUCUCUCUCAAUCUUGGUGAUCAUUACCCUGGUUAGGUUUCGGGGAGGCAGCUACCUGAUUAGCAGGGGCUUGUGCCGGUAGUCUUGUACUAUUACUCUUCUUCCCACGCGUGAGCUCUAUGUCAUCGUUUUUCAGUGAAGUGAAUGGGGAGCAGAUUACAUGUGCUGGUGCCGUGAGCAGGGCUUGUUUGCCGACGACUGGGGCUGUGGGUUUCAUAGCCUUCUACGUUGCCUUUGUUAUCAGUGUUAGCGUUUAGUUAGGUUGAUCUAUUUGUAUGCUCAGUCGAAUUGCAGGGGUGGCAAUGGGUGUAUUGCAGCUAGCAAGCUCAUCGUGGUAAUCUCUUCGUGUGCUACAGCUGUGCGUAUACUAGCAGGCAUUGGCUUGGGUGUACUUGGCAGGUUGCGUACUAGGCAGCUACCACGUCCUUGUGUGCACCAUUGGUGCAACAUGUCGCUUAAAGGUUGUUGAAACUCUGAUGUAACCUAGAAUGACGGA